UUUUUGUGAUUUUUCAGGAAGGUAAAGGUGAGGACAUACAGAGUUGUGUUAGCUGCAUUAAGACUACAAAAACAGGUAACCAAAUAUCCCAAACUCUCAUUGGGCACUCACAGUAUGAGUGUAGGGGAUCUGUAUCUAAGUGUAGAUAUUUAGAUAUAGAUUACAGUGUCUGCAAACCAAUAUCAGGAGAGCCUAAAUGUUUUGAUCCCCAAUUCCAACCCCGUACAAUUUGGUUGGUAAUUCGGAACAGUAACUCCCAGGGGACCUUGAUAAAUAGGACUGUGAUAAAUACCAUACAUUCUACAGGCAUUCUACUAUUUGAUACAUGUAAGGCGAUCUCUGCUAGUGGAAAACCUUGGAAUGUAUGUGGUAAUCUUAAAUGGGAACGAACUUAUGGGUUAAUCAUAAAUAUUUAUGUCCUAGUAAGAGAUCUACUGAUCCUGAUUGCCCAAAUAGGGAUUUUAAUUUUUGUCCAUAUUGGUCUUGUGUAGGGUGGGCAACCUGGGGAAAAACAGUGGAUCAAAGGCGUGCGCACGGGGUGUGCCGGGUGUGCCUGGUCACACCCUAAUCCCCGCGGCAUGCCUAUGUAUUGAGACCGGCAGGGGAGAUCUCAGGAUCCCCCCUGUCGACUUAUGCAGAGCCGGCGCUAUCCGACCCACUGGCAGUGAGGGAGGCAGGAGAGCACCCGGGGAGCUCUUGCCAGCAGCUCCGCCGGGUACCUCUCGCGAGAUGUGAGCGUUGCCGCGGCAACGCUCAGAUCUCGCGAAAGUGAACUCUAGCCCCGCAGGCUAGAGUUCACUCUCCACUGGACCACCAGGGAUGGAUGGCAGCAGCAGCAGGAUCCCCCCUCCCAGGCAUAAGGUAAGAAGGGAGGGGGGAUAUUUACUAAACGGCCCCCACACAAUACAUACAAUCACCCAAACAUACAGCACACACACACAAAAUCUACACACAUAAAAUACACACACAGCACCCUUACACACACACACACACACACUAACAGCACCCUCACACACACACCAACCUUACACACACAGCGCCCUCACACAUGUAUAUGCAUCCUUCCACUGAUAGCAUGUAAGAAUACACAUGUUCAAACAGCAUAAUGAAAUACCAAAUAGUUUUUGAAGUUUGACUUUUUUGGAAUUCAAAAUGAUUUGCCAAUUCUAGGCUAAAAUAGCUUAACUGAAAACAUAAGUGAUACAGAAAACAUUUCUACUUUGGCUAUUGCGGUCUUGUAAUUAACUUUCGCUUUACGCUGCUUUAUAAUAAACUACUAAAGCCCUAACUGGUGCACACUGUAACUCAAGAUCUUCAGAAACAGAAUAGAACAUGUGCCAAGUGAAGGUUUAUAUUUAUCACAUCAUCGUGACAUCAUAUUAUGUAUGAUUAUACACUGAAUAUCCAUCACUAUUUUUAACAUUGGUGGCGUAUUAGCAUAUGCCAAGCCAUACAACUAUGAGUUAAAAACUAAACUGAAAAUUCUAAUUAAAUCUCAAAUUUAAGGACAGGGUAGCUGAACUGAAAAUAUAGCUGACAGAGAAUAGUUUUUUUUCCAGUUUGGCUAUUUUGACCUUAAUUCACCUUGAAUUCUCUCUUAACAAGUAUACAAUAUAUAUUGUGCCUGGCUUUAUUUGGGACACCCAAAAUACAUUUUCAUUAAUUUUUUUACAUUUAUUUUUUUACUGACAAAAUGUAAAAGGCAGUAAAGGAAGCAGUAACAAAUCAUUUUAUUUUUCUGACUUGCUCAUGGGAAGGGGCUUUGCCCCUGUCAUAUAACUAGGAUAACUGUGCUAGACAAGAGAGUUCUACACAAAAGAGAUCAAAGCCGCCGAUCCCUGACCAGGCAAUUCAAGAGGAACGGCAGCAUCUGAUUGGUUGUCGUUAGCGUUCUGGCACACACGCGCUGCCGACGCUCUGGGUGUGUAGCGCUCUCACAGUUUUGAUGUGUUUGGGGAAGCGGCAAGUCACGUGUAAACUGUUCCUGUCCAAGAUGGCGACGUCCUUGAGUGAAGGCAUGCAAUAAGAGCUGAACUAUGUGGGGUGCUGUGGCCGGGGCUCUCCGAGCCGGUUCUGUCCGGGUCCUGGGUCAGCAACAGAGGCCUGGUGAGUGUGUCAAUGCUGGAUAAAUGUAUCUCUUGUGCUGUAGCCUAUGUUUGACUUGUGGUUCUUCUAUGGUGACUACUUCUUCAUGCUUAUGGUCUGCACAUGAAAAGUGCUGCCCAGAGUUAUGGAACAUUCAGAUGCUACAGGUAAAUAGCUGCCAUCUGACAGGGGAUGGAUUAUUAGCACGUGUGUAGCAGAAAGAGUAUCCAUGUAUUUAUUAUCUCAGCUGUGUUUAGUAAAGUGUGAAUUCAAAGUACAUUUUUAAUUUGAGGCCAGUGUAGCUGAAGUGAAAGCUAGCAGACUUAGAGGUUUGUUUUUCCCAGUUCGUUUAUUUUUAACUGUAAAUGUGAAAUUCACUAUAAAAUUCUCACUUUUUGUGAACAACCUUGUUUACCUUUUUUUUUGGGUCACAGUCCUGUGACUAGCAGUGUAGAAUAGAAAUAUGACACUUGUAAACUAAUAAUUGUUGGAAGCUAUGUGCAUUAUGUGAACCAUGUUCCAAAGCCACCCUAUCCAUCUUAGAGGUGGCAGAUACUUGAGAAUAUAGUUCAAGGGUAUACUUUAAGCACAGAGACUGUUCCCCAUGUGUAAAUUCUACAUUUUCUGUGCGGCAAUGUUUACAUUGUCACUGAGACAGGCCACUAGAGGUGUUUCCUAUUAUAUUCCUACAAUUAUUUUUAUUUUUUUUAAGCACUGACAUUUCCCAUAGAGAUGCUUUGGUACAUUGCAUCUUUGUGAGGAAGUGCUAAUUAGCAGAGAGCAGCAAUUGCUGCUUAAUAGCAGUAGGCACCCCAGUGCUUCUCUCUGGAAAAGCAUUGGAUUGCUAUAAUUUCGGCAGGAGCGAAGCAGCAUUUGCAGCAAGGUUGGUGCUGCAAGUGAUGCAAGGUGAGUAAAACUGCUUUAUUUAUUGCUUACAGGGGGUUCUAAAUCAGUAGGAAAUACUCCAACAUUAGAAAUACAUGUUUGUAUUUUUUACAUUAGAGUUCCCAUUUAAAGGGACACUAUAGUCACCAGAACAACUACAGCAUAAUGUAAAUGUUCUGGUGUCUAUAGACCGCAGGCCUUUUGCUGUAAACACUGCCUUUUCAGAGAAAAGGAAGCAUUUACAUUACAGCCUAGGGACACCUCGGCCACUCCUCAGUCGACCACUAGAGAUGCUUCCUGGGACAGUGCUGCUCACUUUGCAGCACUGCCAUUCAGUGUCCACCCUCUUCAUUGAAACACUGAACUUUCCUCACAGGGAUGCAUUUAAUCAGUGCAUCUUUAUGCGGAGAUGCUGAUUGGCCAAGCUGGAGUUUGACCUUGCCCUCACCCCACCUCCUUGAUUAUCUCAACCAAUCCAAUGCUUCCCAAAAAUCAGUUCUGAAUAUGUCAGCCAAGGAGGUGGGAUGGGGCUAGCGCCGGUGGAUCCUCACGGCACUGGAAAUAAGGUAAAUUUUCUUACCUUUUAAGGGGCAGGGCAAGCCACCUAAAUGGUGGUUUUAACACUAUAGGAUCAGGAAUACAUGUUUAUGUUUCUGACCCUUUAGUAUUCUUUUAAGGUUAUUUGCUGCUUACUCUAUAAAAUGAGGCAUACAUUUAGGAUAUAAUUAGGUUACACCCACCAAAACUUAGAAUAAGUUUGUGGGUGGGUGUGGUUAAGCAAAUAACUUCAAGUGUAUCAUUGAUUAAUUGUGUAAACGAAAUAUUGUAACAGAGGUAUUCACAAAUUUGGCAAUUGUCGGUAAAUAAACGUCGGUUCUAAGUAAUUUUCUUUCUUCCGACAUAGCCAAAAUGAAUACAUGCAAAAUAAUUUGAGAUUUUUUCCAGUUGUAAAUAACCCUGACAAUGAUGUUGGACCUGGAGCAAGCAAACAAACAAAAAAAAAUCCUAGAAAAAAUUGCAUUCUUUCAAAGCAUUUCAGGAUUUUUUCCCUCCAUCCCAACAUGUUGCAAAAAAUAAAGCGAUACUGAACAUUUAUUUUAACUUUUUGAGGGGUGGUUGGUUACUUAUGAAAAGGGGUAUUAUGUCAUUUCUAAGACAUUUCAUGAUUUCUAUGUACUUCUGAUGAUCUAAAUCUGCAUCACCAAUUCACUGUAUAAUUUAUGAUUAACAAAACAAAACUAAUCUUUUGCAGUUAUUAACACUCUUUUAAAGAAGAGAUCACUUCAGUGGGUCAAUGUGUGUGUUACACGUUUUAAUGGGAAGGACUCUGCGAUCGGGCAGUUGCUAGGUGUGAACCCAGAGCAAACGCCCAAUGAAAAUUUGAUCCAAAAAUAUACAGUGCCUGUACCAUUUGAUAAAGGUAAGUGACUCUAUGCAAUAUUGAAGAGAUGCCAAGGACCCUGGUAUCAUAAGUACAAAUGAUAAAGCAUGACAUAUAGUAUUUAAAAAAAAAAACUACCCCACCAAUGAGUAUCUGUUUUUUUUAAUCUUUUGUUCUAUCAGGGAUUUUGUAGACCCCUGCAAAUGCUUGGAAUAUUCCAUGCCAGAAAAAGAGGCAUCAAUCCAGCAUGAAAUUUCCAUUUAAAAUACUCCCUGAUGUUUGAAUAAGAGAUGAAACCAGUUUCAUAUUCAUUCUCCUUCUACAAGAUCAUGCUGCUAUUACAAGGAUGUGCUGGGAACAUCUUAGUCCCUUAAAGAAUUUUCACAAGCUGUGCCAUUUGUCUUAUUUUAUAAAAGUGCAGAUUUCAAGAGCAAUCGGCACUUUUAGAAUAUCCCCCUUGGUUUCUUUCCUCACUAGAGAAGGUUGGGGAUAGAGAACCAUUGAUUUUAGUACUUCUUUAUGAGAGUCAUUGCCAGCGCAUAGUCUGAGCAUACCUUCCUGACACUCAGUUAAAGGUUUUACUUUGUUGCUUGGGGGGAGAGUAAUGUAGACUGUAAAAGAGACCAUCCAGCGCUAGACAGAAAUUUAAAGAGAAGGUAUGUGUACAAAAAUAUUUAUCAAUUGCCUAGUCUUUCCUAUACCAGUGAACAUGUUUUUAAGUUUCUAAAAAUAUUUUAUUAAAGAAAUACAUCAUGUACUGUAACUAUUGGGUCUGAAUAGUUAUCUGAGGUUCACUUCGCGCCACUUACUUCCUUCUGCUCCUGCUUGAAGCUUCUGUUGUCUCUCCUUAGCUAAACCUUGCAGAGCAUGGCCAGCUCACUGGCGGAGAGCUUCCUGCACUGCUGGGCAUUGCUAUGAGCAGAGAGGCAGUGUCUGAGGUUUUGUGGACUCUUGGUAAGAAGUCAAACCAUUAGCAAACCGUUUGACUAGUUACAUUGGGGGUAUGACAGGGCACUUGGAGCAUUCAUUUAAUUUUCCAUUUCAGGAGUUUCUGAAUGCAGUAAGUGUAACUGUAAGGGUCAGUUUCCCUUAUUAAACAGUUACUUAAUAUAUCACUGUAUUGCGUGAAAGUUUUUUUGUGGAGCUUUUUUUUUGGUUUUAGAAUUACAAAGUUUUAUAUAACGCAGCACUGUACGAUAGAUAUACCAAGAUAAAUAAUUCUAACAAAACAUGUUUGACAUAUGAGAGCAGUAGUUGAAGAAGGCCCUGCCCAGCAAGCCUGCAAUUUUAAGGAUUUUUGAUGGAGUAUAGAUAUUGAGAGAGUCUAAUGUGGCACGGGAGGGAAUUCAUAAAGAGGAGGCAGUCCUGAAAAAGUCUUGCAGGCGAGUGUCUGGGGGUGUGGGUAUAAGAAUCCCACAGUAAGAGGCCGGGCUAGAACAUAUCUGCUUACGAUGGAAGAAAUAUUAAUAGGGGCACAUUUCUUUAGUCUUGUGGGUAUGGACAAGCAUUUUUGUGGCAUCCUGUGUGACAAAAGGGUUGAGUGUGAAGCCAUCCAGUCAGAGACAGAGAAUAGGUAGUCAGUGACAUAGUCCAGCACACUGGAAGACAGAUCAGGUGAGAAAUGGUAGAUAUGACUAUCAUCAGCAUACAGGUGAUAAUUGAGAGCCAUAGGAUGAUGUAAGCUCACCAAUAGAGGCAGUAUAAAUUGAGAAAAGUCCCAGUACAGAACCUUGAGGAUCUCCAACCAAGAGAGGUACAGAAGGGGACGAGUGACCAAAGAAGGAAACACUGAAUGAGGUCUCAGAGUGGAAGGAGGAGAACCAGGAAAGAGCGGUAUCAUUAAGGACAACGUCACGAAGGGUGAAGAGAAGCUGGUGGUCGACAGCGGCAGAAAGAUCAUGAAGAAUAAAUUAUAAAAGCUCUAUGUAGGCAUGAAACCUAAUUUUAAAGUGUUUACAAACUGGAGAAAGUAUUUUCAUCGAUUCCAUGCUAACAUUGCUUGUGAUUUGAUGUUCCAGGAAGUCGAUGAGAAAUUAAAGUAUUAUGGUUUGUGGAAUUUGUGAAAGCAAAUAAAUUCUAAUUUUACUUUUUAUGUCUUUAUGAAUUAGGCUGAAUGUAAAGUUAUGCACUCCCGUGAUGCUUAUAGUUCAGUCGCAGAAAAUGCAUACUGCAUUGAGAACAAAAGGGGUAUAUUGCAACCCCCUGUCAGUAAUAUUUUCUGACUGUCAAUCAGAAUCAUGAGAUCGUUUUUAAAGUGAUCACAGUCCACAAUUUUCAGAUAAUUUAUUGAAUUUUAACGCGGAAUAAAAUACUGAGUAAUUUCACAAUGUCGAGCUUCAGAAGCUGAUAACUUGAGGUUAAUGUAAAUAAGCUAGCAUGUUGGCAGGAUUUUCUAUAGCAUCACAGGUUGAAGCCAAGUACAUUCAGGAUGACAGGUGCAUAAUUAUCCUAUUCUAUAUGAACAGUGCAGUGUGUAUGCCUUUCUUUAAGAUAGUUUAAAUACUGACAUUUCAGGUGUUGUUCAUAUGUGUAUUCUGUUGUAGUUACAAUGUUAGUUUGUUAGCAUUGCUUGCUCUUGUCUGCAAUUCAUGGGAGGUUUUUGUUCAUUCUGCUAAUGCGUUACAAAUGCACUUACAACUUUGCACUUUACAACUUUGCACUGCCACCUGGAAUCAUGUCCCCAAGCAGGAAAUUUUUUUGUGGGGGGAGAACGAAGCUGAAUGGAGGCAAGAAGUGCCUGGGGGAGCUCAUCGCCAUCCUUAAUAAUGCCAAAAUCCAUGAUGACACAAAGGUGGUCUUUGGCGCACUUUUCAUCUACCUCGACUGUGCAGGUAAGAAGCUUGAUGGAAAAUUUGGAGUUUCUGCACAGAACUGUUACAAAGUCGCCAAAGGUGCUUUCACUGGAGAGAUCAGCCCAGCUGUGAUUUAAAGAUUUUGGGACCACCUGGGUGAUUCUUGGGCACUCUGAGAGGCGGCAUGUGUUUGGCGAGUCCGAUGAGCUGAUUGGCCAGAAAGUAGCACGUCCGCUGUCAGAGGGCACUGGUGUAAUUGCCUGUAUCGGGGAAAAGUUGGACCAACUUGAGGCUGGUAUCACAGAGAAAGUGCUUUUUUUGAGCAGAGAAAAGACAUUGCAGAUAACAUGAAGGACUGGAGCAAAGUGGUUCUUGCAUAUGAGCCAGUCUGGGCCAUUGGCACUGGCAAAACUGCCACACCCCAGCAAGCCCAGGAGGUGCAUAUCAAGCUACGUGAGUGGCUAAAAACCAAUGUUUCUGAAGAUGUUGCAAAAAAAAAUUUGAAUCAUCUAUGGAGGUUCUGUCACUGGUUUCACUUACAAAGAGCUGGCAUCACAGUCUGAUAUUGAUGGCUUCCUGGUCAGAGGAGCAUCACUGAAGGCAGAGUUUAUUGACCUCAUAAAUGCCAAGCAUCAACUGUGUUUAAUGGCAAUGUCCUCUUUCCCUUCUCUCCUGAACUGCUUUGGGCAGGGGUGAUAAACGUUGGUCCUUCGAGCUGCAGGUACACAUUGGUUUCUUCUCUUGGUGUACCUCCAUCUGGUGUCUAGCAGUGGACUAGCGUUAACAAACCCUUCCAUACAACGAAAACAUACUUACUGUGUCUGUUGCUCAAUUUGUCCUGGGUAUUGUGUGGGGGGGAUCAAUGUUACUGUAAAAUAUAAAAUUAAGUUAAAUAUUUCUGGCAUUAGUUGUCAGAAAAGUGUAUUGAACUUACUAAGUUUCUGAUGAUUCCAUUGAGAGAACACACCAAGAAUCUCUCAUCUCUAUUAAGUUGUUAUGGUGCCUGGAGGUCCUGGUCGAUGUUUUAUCUUAAGGGGUUAAAUUGUUCGUAAACGUUUUAACCCCUUAAGAUAAAACAUCGACCAGGACCUCCAUGCAACAUAACCACUUAAUAGAGAUGAGAGGUUCCCGGCGUGUUCUCUUAAUGGAAUCAUCAGAAACUUAGUUGAGUAUACAGCUCUUCCCCUCUCCUUGUGAUGUUUUCAGUGAGGAAUACUUGGACUAGGUGCCAGGAAUAGGCUGAGAGGAUCAGCUGACACUCAGCCUAUCAUUAGCUCCCCAUUCAGAAAACUGUGUGGGAGAGGUACCUGUCUCAUUGAAGCUUUGGAUAUUGACACAGAGAGACGCUGACGGGCUCCAUCAACUCAACUUUAGGCCCCUUAAGGUCAGAGUAAUUCUUCUUAUCACAAUUUUACCAUUUUCAGAUUGGUGAAACUGUGUUUUCAAUUCAGAUGGAAUUAAAAAGGAUUGGCAUAGUCUGAUUAUAUCUUCAACAUCCUUAACUGCUCGUUAAUAUGCGUUAACAUAUCAAAUUAUGAAACAUGAGGUUCUAAUUUACCAGUGUAUUUGUACAUCGCCAGCAUAACUUGUUAAUGUCAGUGCCUAAUUCAGAGACUGGAAACAUGACCCAACGAUAAAAUUCCUUUCUUAAAUUUGGAGGUAGUUUAGCUACUGUCGUCUUUUUAACCCUUUCAAGGACAAGCUUUAUACUGCAUUCUCUUUUAAACCUUAACAAGGGUCUAAUAUGCCUAUGGUUCAAUUUUUAUACUGUCUCUUGUCAAUUUAAUGUGUUUCUUUAAAUAUCCCUUUCUGCUCGCCCUGCAGGUGAAAAUGACAGCUUGUUACUGCAUAAACCGGACCAACCAGAGAACCCAAAGGUCUUAAGAGUUGUGAUUUUAGGAGCUCCAAAUGCAGGAAAAUCUACUUUAUCCAACAAACUACUGGGUAGAAAGGUAACAAGCUAUCAUCAACCUGGAAAAUGCCACCAAUAACUCCUUGUAACCUACCUUAAAUUUCCAAUGCUAUGCACUUACAGUAAGAAGGCACUCAUUGUAGUGGUUAUAGGUCAAAAAGUCUGUGAGUGCCUUUUGUGCCAGCAUUGUGUGUGAUUUUUAUUUAAAUUUUCUGAUGAAACAUUCACACCUAAAUAAAACUGCACAGUAGAAUUGUAGGAGAACCAAUGUUCAAGAUCAGAAAGUUUAGUAAUCUAUUGCAGCCAGGUGGCUUAGCUUGUAGGUGGGAUAGAUUUUCUUAACAAUGGUCGAUGAGAACUCCCAGAUAUUCUGGUUUACAAAUUAUUUCAUGCUUGUAUUUAUUUUUCCCCCCAGGUUUUUCCUGUAUCCAAGAAAGUGCACACCACACGUUGCCAAGGUCAGGGUGUUUUAACAGAUGGAGAAACACAAUUGGUGGGUUAGUUUUUCUCUCUGUGAGUGCACAGUUUUUGUCAUUUUGUUGUUUGUGCCUUUAUCUUUAACCCCUUAAGGACACAUGACAUGUGUAACGUCAUGAUUCCCCUUUAUUUCCGAAGUUUGGUCCUUAAGGGGUUAAACUGGUCAAGCGUAUCAGAUUUUACAGUCAUAGGGCAUUGUUCAUCACUUUUUUUUUUUUUUUUUUUUUUCUCUUGCCACUGUGGCUCAUUUAGGAAAACAAACAGUCAAUAGGGAGAUUAACCUUUACUGCGAAUCCCUGUAGUAUACCCUGCACUGUCCCUUGGUGUCCCCAAACCCGCCUUAAAUUUCUUGUUUCACUCCUCCACCAUAUUGUUCACAUAAUUUAUUGUGUAAAUCAUUUAUGUGACCACCCCUGUUGUGUGUACCUAGCUCCAUCUCCCUUAUUUAUCCUCAUUGUAGCACAUCCAGGGUGAUACAGAUACUGAGAGGGAUUUCCAUCUCCCCAACCGGUCUGUCCACACAGCAUGUUCAGCCUGCAGAGGGAAGGAUAUGAUGUCCAGUUCUCUCCCCCUCCACUCAUACUGCAGACUGUGUGCGCCAAGCUGACAGACCGUGCAGAGGAGAUGGAAAAACCGUAACCCUCUCAAUCUCUGUAUCGCUUGGAUGUGCUACGGAAUGGGGCAAUGCCAAACUGGGAGAUGGGUGCUGUGUGCUAAUGCAGCUUUCUGUGAGCUGCCAGUGAAGGCUUUGUGAGCCACAUACAGCACGCAAACCGCACAAUGAGGAGCUAGGUCACAGAGUAUAAAAUGGUUAUGUUAAACACCUUAGGUGUAAAACCAACUGUAAAAUCUAUUUCAUGUCAGUAUAGAUUUGGAAUUUACUUUUUUUUUUACAUCUUCAAAAAUUCAAAAAAUGGUAUAGCACUCAAUUUUCCUUAUUCCUAUCUCACAGUAUCUGUAUUUACAACUACAGCAAUACAACUUUAUCUGUAUUUACAACUACAGCAAUAUGGUUGAAGGGUUGUACUUCACUCAUAAAUAACAAAAAAAAUAACCAUGGCUAGAGCCAAUUGACCCCACGGGAACCCUGGGUCUAAAUUUUGAUAUUCGUUACGGUUUAUCACAAGUCCCCUCAUAAUACAGAUUAAGGGUGCAGCACACACAUAAAAAUAAAUGUUUACAUUUUAUAAGGCUAUUUAAAAAUACCUCUCGGCAAACAAAUAUGAGGAUUAAGUUCCACCAUAUUGUAUUAAGCCCACCACUACUUCACUGUACCCCAAUAUUGGUGGAUCUUACACUAAUGCAAACGUGGGAGCCAAAUUAAAACGUGCUAGUGCUAAAUAAGCUAAAGUGUAUUGAAAUCUGCUGUAAGAGCAUUGUGAAUAUGAUUCAAAAUUGAUGUGAUAAAUGCAGUGUUAAAACUAAGCAGAAUAUAAUAAACAAUAUGGUGAAAGCAAAAUAUGUGGUAAAUAAACCAGUCUUGGAUAAUAUAUAAAAUAUGCAAUAUUACCAUAUCUGUAUGUGUCCUAGAAAUAUAAAACACAGAACAUAGUAUAGCCUGUAUAUGGUAAUUAAAGUUAAUGGAGAAAAAAAAUAUCUCACUCACAUGGUGCUGAGCCGUUAGAAAGUGGCUCAGACUAUGAGCGCCUUAAUUAAUAAAUUGGAGACCAAAAUGCUGGAACUGAGAUACAGGAAGUUCACUGCAAGCUCUCUACUUUCCUUCUGGACGAUUUCCACAAACGCCAAACAAAGGUGUAGGUACAGGAACAAGUAUCUUUAAUAAUAACAUAAAACGCAGCAAAAUACUGGAUCUCCAAUAAAGGAUAAACUGCACGACGCGUUUCGUCCAUUUUUAGCUCAGCACCACGUGAGUGAGAUAUAUUUUUCUCCAUUAACUUUAAUUACCAUAUACAGGCUAUACAAUGUUCUGUGUUUUAUAUUUCUUGGACACAUACAGAUAUAUGGUAAUAUUGCAUGUUUUAUAUAUUAUCCACGACUGGUUUAUUUACCACAUAUUUUGCUCUCCCCAUAUUGUUUUAUUAUAUUCUGUUUGUUUAAUUUUGUGUGAUUUGGAGUGACACACACUUGGUGAUUCUGAGCAAUAUCUUCAAUUCUUUCUCCCCCCCCCUCCCCCCCUUUCUACUGUUUUCUAUUUAGUGUUAAAACUAAGAACUGAAAAAAUUGGGCAGGAUUGGGGCAUUGGGGCAUGGAAUAGACCACUGGUAUUUGGGCUCUGGUUGUUCGGUGUGUUGCUGCAUGUUACAACAGCAAUGUUCUGAACACUGUUGCUCUUGUGAGAAACCACACUUCCUGCAUCUGAUGAAGGUGCAAAACAAUACACUGAACCAUAAGGGAAAGGUAGCCAAAGGCUUGGUGGUCACAGUGUGUGUGUGUGUGUGUAUGUGUAAGACUUUGUGUGAGGUGUUUGUGUAUGUGUGAAUAUAUGUAACAGUGUAUGCAUUUUCAUAUGUAAUAUUGUUUAUGUGUAACUGUGUGUGUGCAUCAUUGUUUGAUAUGUAUUAUGUAUAAAGCGCCAACAAAUUCUGUAGCGCUGUACAAUGGAUGGACUAACCAACAAGUAUUUGUAACAAGAUGGGUUGGGGGUCCUGCUCACAUGAGCUUACAUGCUAGAGAUAAUUUAUAUAUGUAUUUAUAUCAAUGGGUAGAGAUGGUGCAUAUAUAUUUUUGGACUUAAGCCUUCUUUUACCCAGUCAGACUAGCAAUGCCCCUGCUGAGACCUUUUAAUAAGCAGUGGUCAUUUUAACACUUUGUUGUCUGGCUUUCUAUCUCCAGAUUCUCUUAGACACUCCUGGUAUGGUCAACAACACGAAAGUUAAAAGGUAAAGUCUGUUUGUGGUCUUUGCAACUGGUAUAUACCUUACUGGUAAUUUGUUUCUGUUUGGCAAGACACUAUUUUAUAUCGUAACCUGGAGAAACAUGUGCCUUAUUUACCCUUAUUUACUUAUGCUACCCCUCGAUUUGUUAGGAUAUGGAAAUGCUGUGUCUAAAUUCUUUGGCGCUGUCACUUUUUGCAUUUUUCUCAAAGCUAGAACUCAUUGAAGGUUAUUUAUCAAAGUGUCAAUUAAGCACAGUUAUUAUUAUUAUUGUAUUUUUAAAAGUCAUCAAUUUGGCUGUUUUUGCAGAAAUUUCCAUUUCAAAAGAUCACCAAAUUUAUAAUGGUAAAACAUUUUCCAUGGUUUUUAUGGCAGACAAAAACGAAGCAAUGGAUUAACAAUAACUGUCAGAUUGAAAAUAAGUCAGAAAAGAGUUUGCAACACGUUGCUAAAUCUACCUCACAGAUUGUUGGAAAUUUUGUCAGUGUAUACCAAUGGGUGGAGCUUCUCUCACAUCUUGCAUAUGACAUUUCAUUGCGCAUGCACACGAUCAUGCAUGAAAGAUCCUUCUGUCUCACUAGAUCUUCCUUAGAAACCCAUUUUAUACUUUCCUGCAUGCGUGAGAAUGCAAUAGUGGCACAAUUCAUGGCAGAUGAAGCCUCUAGUAUCUGAAGACCAAGAAGGAGAUGUAUGCACUAAGGAGAAUGAGGUUCAAAUACACCUUCCUCCUCUCUUUCAAGGUGCCGACAUGUAAGCAUUCUGUCACCUUUGUAUACCCUUCUAUGUCAUUUAUGUGUAUGGCAUGCAUUGGUCCUGAAGCGGUUAUUUCCCAUUUUAUCUAUGCUCUGAAACUGCUACGAGUUGUAAAAUGUAGGGACACUGGAGUUGCGAAUUUUGGGAUUAUCUAUUGAAGAAGGAAAAAAAGCAAUACUCUAGUUAUAUUGAAGUGGCCUAAAACCAACGGUGGAUGUUGCAUUUCUAUAAAUUUGCUAUUUAUAUAUGGCUCCUGUUGGCUCGGUUGCCUCACUCCUAGUCAGAAUGAAAGUCAGCAUGUACACCAUUGAAUAGUGCCCAGAUCACAAACUGCACUGGUGCCUGACACUCAUGCAAAAGGAUCUAAGAAGUUGUGAGAAUAUCAGUUAUUGGAGUAAAGCGUGACUAAAUGCAUUUUGUUCCUGCUGUCCUUGUGGUGAUUGAUUUUCAUGACCGAACCAGUAUGUACUAAAAGGACACAAUUUGCAGGAUUUCUUAUGUAGAUAAUGCAUUAAGAGAAAUUAUGCAACAAAACUUGCCAAAGCCGUGCAAGUCCUGCAGAUGGAAAAACCCCUUUCCCAUCAGGAAAACGUUUGGCCAAUCAAGAAUCUGUCUUUUUACUCCGUGAUGCAACAUUGUUGUUAUGGUGCUUUGUGCCCCAUUUAAUGUUAUGUAUCUCGCUUCACUUAGCCUUGCUGCUGCUUUAUUACAACACUAAAUACAUUUUUAUGAUGUAGAACUUGAGUUUUUUUCUUUAUUACAAAGCCUUUACCUGUCAUGUAAAACUUUAAUUUCAGUCUCCUCAAUUUGCAAAUAACAAAUGCUAAUCAUUGUCAAUAAACACACUGAAUUCCUAAACUUUGAGCUGGCAGCAGCUGGGCUCACUGUAGAGCCUGGUAAAAUGCUAAGUAGUCUGUAGCUAUUUAAAGGGAAAACCAGGCUGGAAAUGUCCUCAUUUUUUUUUUUUUAACUGCAUUAUGUAGACAAUGUAUUAAAAGGAAGAUUCCUUUCAUUACAUUCCCUAUCGAACUUAACAGAUCUUAAUGCACCAAUUUUAGCUAAUGAGAUCUUGCAAAUUAUAUUUCUGCUUAGAACCACAAUGUCACAGGCCCUGUUACAUUAUCUGGAUUACAUUAUGAGAAAUUUAGUGCAGAACUCAAUCUGGAUUUUACAAAGUGUUUUUUCUUAUUAUAAUUAUGUUUUCCGUUUCUUUCUUUAUUCCCAGGAGGGUACACUACCUCCACCUGUGAUGCUGAAGGCAUAUUUUAUUUAUUUUUUUACAUUUUUGACACCCUUUUUUGUACUUAUUUUUCAGUAUAAAACAAAAUGGUACAGAAUAAACUAUUCUGCAAAUCUUCUGCGACGUGAGUCCAUAGAUGAUGAUAGGUCAUUGUUUUUGUUUUGUUGUGAAAAGAAUAGGUUACAUUGGAAAGUCAAUUGGAGCUUUAGAUUCUGAAUAAAGAGCAGGGUUGGAAAUCAGUUCUGUUGUGACACUGACAAGGUUAUUCAUGUAAGGGGGUGGAGCCUCGGUUGAGAGCUCUAGCUUAAUAGGCAUUCAUAAUUUUUAUUUAUAAGGAAGGGAGGGACCCGGCCUUCUAUAUAUUUACAUACAUACAUACAUACAUACAUACAUACAUACAUACAUACAUACAUACAUACAUACAUACAUACAUACACUGGACUAAUACGGCUACAAUCUCUACUUGAAUGAAUAUAUAUAUAUAUAUAUAUAUAUAUAUAUAUAUUUUAAAAAUUAAUUUUUUUAAAACUUUAUUAUUAUUUUUCAUUCCAUUUUAGAAUGCUGACUAAUCCCUACUGUGUUCUUGGUGGUUUCAUGCCCAAACAGAGAGUCUCAGAUAACAUCUGGCACACAGUGACUUGAGGAGUGCCUCCUUGCCCUAGUUUAGGGGUAGACGACUUUAGGCACUCCCUAUGUUGUGGACUACACAGCUUGAGUUUCAUUUUUUUCCCUGGUCCUUGAACCGCUUAGACUCACUAUUUUAGGUAUUUCCACUCCAGCAGGAGACUUCAUAUUGAAACUCCUUGACUCAUUGUAACGUUUACAACAUGUCAUUCUUCCCCACCCACCCUGCUAGGUGAAUUCUUUGCUUUCUAAAUGUUCCGUUUUAAGUUAAGCAUUCCUUCAAGCAGAAACAAGAGCUUGUGAAUUGCAGGUUUUUUUUCAUUGGUAUCCUAGUACAUAUAAAUGUUUUGGGACAUUUGUCUUCUCUUAAAACUUUUUACUCAAGACUACUUUCCCAACUGCAUUCAGAUCUAACCAAUAGUCCAAGUUUUGUAUAUUUUGUAGCUGGGAUUAAUUUUUUUUUUUCACCAAAAUUAACACCGUACCUAUAAUUCUAAUUCUGCAUAAUUUUAUGUUAAAUUGGAAUAGGAAGAAACACAGAAAUUAAUCAUAAGUCCUUUACUUGCCUGUGGGGUGAGAUUUAGCGUUUUUUUUUAUCCGGUCAGACUGAAUGGGGGAAUACAUCUCACAGUAUAAUUCAUAUCAAUCAUUUUCUGGUAUCCUCCUCAAAUCCAUUCUCUUAUCCAGUUAACUUGCUGUUUGUGCAACGUCUCAUUUAUUCUCUAUUCAAGUGACAAACUGUUAAAAUAUUAAGCACCGUGCGUUUCACUUAAUUUCGUAUUGCAUUUUCUUUAAGACAUCAUUUGGAGAAGUCUCUACAGAAAGACCCUUGGGACUGCAUGAAAUUGGCUGACGUAGGUAAGCGUAUUAUCCCAUUUACACUUUGUUAUGAGAAGGUCGCCGUGAAGCUGAACUCUCUAAAUACAUCAGCUCUUAAGAAACACAUUAGCUCAUAAACAAGGAUAUCCUAGGGGACAGACAGAAUAUAAUUUUAGAUAGCACCGACGACUGUGUGUUGAAAGUUAGUGCUUUUUAAUAGCAUGAUUUGGAACAAUUAGAAUUAUCUGCACAAGCUGAAGCCAUGUGAUAUUGAGUUUAGAUUGUUGCUAAAGAAAUAGGGUUGUGAACAUUAUCAGAAGUCGUACACUAGAUAAAAGGCAGACUACGUGUUUUGUGUUACAAAAGCAGCCCUGUUUCUAACACUUUGUCUGAUUUAAAUGUAAUAAUUUUAAUGAUCUGUUUGGCCAGUAUCUAGCAGCCAUUCUAGUUGUAAAUAUUAUGAUUAAGUGCAAUUUUACACAUUAAACUUGUUUAUAUAUUGUUUUUUUGUUUUUGUUUUUUUUUGCUCCCUCCUCUUUUGGAAAAACCUAUACUAUCUUAUUAUUUUUCCCCAAAUAAAGGUCAUAUUUAUAACUGAACCUGGAGAAGUUUUUUUUUUUUUUUUGAGUGUUUUGAUCCUUGGGUGAGCCCAUAAUUGGUAGCUUUGUAUAAUGCCAGCUUUGAAUAUGAAUAUAGAUCACAUGCCUUUCUAAAUAUUGCCGAAUAGCAAUGAACAUAAAAAUAAGACAUAAAAGUUAAUUUAUAGACUUUUUUUGUUUGUUUCUUUUUAUAUUUUAGUACAUUCAGAAUAUAUACAUGUUAUCACUGGAAAAAUGGUUAAAUACCCAGUUCAUGAAAAUAGGGGGAAUGUAUAUAACAAGACAUCACUUCAAUAUGUAACUAGUUCUCCAAAUACAUAGAAUACCUGUAUAAUAAUUUAUGCUCCUGUAUCCAGAAAGGCCUACUAAUAGUUUUUUGCAGCCUGCAGAGAAUCCUCCAAUUUUUAACUCUGUUAUCUCAAUCCCCCGCCAGCACUGCAUUGCUGCUGUAGCCUCGGACGUUUUGUGACUUGCAGGCUCUUUUACUUAAGAGAUGCACGUCCAUACAUAUACACACACAACAGUCACGGUGAUGAGAUGAUUGUCAGAAAAUGUUUAUUCUCUUAUUUAUUGUUCAAUUUUGGGUUGAAUUAAAGUAAAAAAAAAAACAUAGACUAGAUUGUUUUAGGUGUCAAAUUUCUCCUGCCCUUGUAUGUACUGAGCUGGGAGUGAAGAUUUGUACUAUGGUCAUUAAUCAGUAAAUUAAUAAUUCUUUUCUUUGUGUACAGCAGCAUAAAUGUGUGAUUUGCAUUCAUAGUAAUCAAGCUCCUGUAGGAUUAGUAGUUGCCCUCCUAGCUGAUGAUUUUUAUUAAAUUUUUUUCUUUUUUGUACCGACUGUAGAUCUUUUAAACUAUGCCAUACGUCAUAUGUUUAUAAGGUUUGAUCAUUUAAAAUGCCAUUGUCUUCAGUGUUGAUUUUAGUGGACGCUUCAGAUAUGUGGACAAGGCAUUCUCUCCAUACAGAAGUGUUAAAGUGCCUGUUUCAAUACCCUACGAUCCCCAGCAUACUGGUAAUGAACAAGGUAAGUGCAGACAUUAAAUAGGAAUUGUGGAUGAGUGAAAUUUGUUUUCAAAUGCUGGGUCAGAAUACUUUGGACUAAAACGUGAAGUUCCCUUGUCAAUGCAGUGCAUUUCCCAGUUUACUGAAUAAAGUUCAUUGUGUUCUUGUUAAAAUUGUACACAGAAUUGAUAUUUUACAUCAUAUCAAACAUUUGUAGUUGAUAUGCUACAAGCAAGCCUACUCAAUUAACCUUGUAGCAUAAUAUAAGGUAAUUGUUUGAUAUUCUCACAAUCCAUACUAAUAAAAUGGUGAUUCAAUCAAUGGUGAAUCUCCCGACAAGCAAAGCAACCAGGGGUUCUCCAAAAUGGAGCACUUCUUUGCAGAGACGUAAGUUUUUAAGGUAUACUCCAGACCCCCUAAUUGACUUCAGAUUGCUGAAGUGCUUAAGUGCCAACAGGAGGUCGACCUUUCAAGAGAAACUCUGCAUUUGCAGGAGUGGAUUUUAUGAGGUUUCAUGAAGCUGAUAAUCAGGAAGGCUUCCUGUUCAAGCAGAAGUGAAUGCUUUCACUCCAGAAGUGGGUUCAUCAGUCUAUUUCCUAAUGAGAAGCAUUCUAUGGGUGAUCACCCCAUUUGAAUGAUGCAUUUGUAGUAGUUGCCAAGCACGCCCUAAUAUCUGGCAGAGUGAGAGGGAGACUGUCGACUUUAGAACAUUAAUGUAUUUAUUUAUAUGUAAUUCAGAUUUUGAAUUUUCAAGUUUGUUUAGAUUUUUUUUUUUGUGCAUUUUUUGUGUGCAUUUUUUUCAAUAUAACAAUAAAAAUAUGCAAAAACAAUAAUUGAAGGGGAGGGUGAAGAUUUAUUAUGAAUGAUUUAUUAGAAUUUUCUGCACAACUCCAUGCUGUGUAGGAUUUACACAUUGCACUAACCAAAUCAAGAAGUGACUGAUGCUUACUAUAUCCGCACAACAAAGGUUUCUACUUGUUUAAUUUACUAGAUUUCUGCUCUGGAAAGCUAGCAAAUGAACUACAACCCCCAGCUAUCUAAGCAACCUAAAUCGUGGCAUUGUAUUUAGCAGUACCUUUGGGUUGGGGCUCUGCGGGAUAGAAGUUAGGGAGCAGAAAGAGUUGGCUUAUAAUUAUUGCUACUUAGUAUUGAUAAAAGAAUAACCAGGAGGAAAAGCACCAGCAUAACGGUCACUUUGCCUACACAUUGAUCCAAACAUGUGUUUUCACAACCCUUUGGUUUUGCAUGAUUUAUGCAAAAAGCUUAAAAUAAAAAAGCAUAGGAACAGUUCAACGCAACAGCCCUAACAAAUAUUUGCAAAAAGGUCUGUUUGUAUUUCGAUUUUUUACAUUGAUUAGCCAAAUUGUUAAAUGAUUAAUCCGUUUUUGCAAUACUUUUUUUUUUUUCCUUUUUUUUUUUUUUUCUGUAGGUAGACCUGGUGAAACAGAAAGGCAUUUUGCUUGAAAUUACAAAACAACUGACUGAAGGGAUUGUAAAUAACAAAAAGGCAGUGAUAAAACCUCUGGUAAAACCUUUGCCAAGCCAUGGUGAUAACACAGGCCACACGUCUAAGGGACAAGACACUUCCUCGUUUGAGAUUGAAGAGCCAGGAGUGACUGUGAAUGAGCCAGUAUCUGUUAAAUUAUCCCCAGAUGUGGAUGAAUUUGCUGAUGAAGAAUCUGAUGCGGCAAGAAGAAAGAUAAUUAAUGAACUGAAGAAAAGGAAAGGCUGGCCUCAUUUCCGAGACGUUUUCAUGCUAUCCGCUAUUAAUGGGGAAGAAGUGGAGACACUGAAGGUAUUUGUAGUGAAUUGGAUUUCCUUUGCUUACUUUUCAAAGUGCGUUGUAAUGCAGCUAUCUGCAUAGGAUUGAAUUUGUUAUGGUGGAUUUAUUGUAUUUUAUUAUAAAACUACUCACCUAAUUCAGUGUAAAAGUAGAUUUUAUCCGUUUUGAUUAUUUUUGUCUAAUUCUAUUAAAUAUAGAAGCUAUUUAAAAUUAUGGCACUGUCAGCAUAUUAAUUGUCUGCCUCUGCUUAUGUAGCUUAAUUGAUGGCUAAGGUGUUAGAGGGACACUCAACGAAUCAUAAAAUAUGCUUUUGUAAAGGUUAUGGUUUAACGAAGGCCCAUAUCAUUAUUUUUUUUAAUUAUUUUUUUGCACGAUUCCUAAUUCAGGGCUCAAAUACAGAAUUUUGAAAGGUUAUACUCGCCUUGGAGUCCCAGGGCUACUGUACACUUGAUUGGGAAGGAGUUUUCUUACAUUUAAAAGAGAACUAGGCCUGCUCAUUUAUGCGAGUCGGUGGAUGGGGCCGAUUCCCUGCUCUCUAUUUGCUUCUGCCACUGAACCAGCCCCCUUACUCCCCCUUCCCUUCUUUGAAUCAGUGAGGGUUUUUCCGGUACCCACUGCAGAGAUUUCUGGUUCUCGACUAAGAGCCUUUGGCUGUACUGUCAAGCUUUUAAGAUGCCAGCUGUGUAUAUCUCUAAACAACAUGUUGGCACAAUUCAGCUGGCCUUAGACAACUUGUGCUAGUGUUGCUUGGCAAAGUUUUAUCAAUGUGUUUCUUGCAAGAUUUCAAGGACAUGAGGUCAUAGUCUGUACAUCACCACCGGGUAUCCAGUGGUUUCAGGCCUUGCUACCUGAAGAUCCUGGGAUCAAGAUUAAAGCGCCUUGUGCUAGUGACCCAGUGUUUUGUGUUCUAUUUGUUUUAUUUGUGCUUGGUUAUAUCUCUUUGAGCCUUGUUUUAUCAUACCUAUAGUGGCUCCUUGAAGUAGACAUACCUUACCAUCCAGUGGUACGCAUCUCUUUUCUUUAGAAAACUAGUUCUCAGUAAUCGUUCUUUUAUUUAUACUCCUGAGGAAGACCUGCUUAUUUAGGGUCGAAAAGCAUUGUGCUUUUGUUAAUUUUAUUUGGACCAUGUCUUAGGCUUUCAUGUAUGUGUUUUUUACAUCCUUGCCCAAAAGGUUUGGCUAAUAAAUUAUCUUUUAAACGUCGUGGCUUGAUUGGAGGCUUUUUAAGGGACUUGGAAUUCCUGUAUCCUAUCAACUGGCUGGUUGACCAUAUAUUGUGUCGUGCCUUUAAAGUCUAGAGCCGACUCUUGGCUCUCUAUAGUGUGAGUAGUUCAAUUGUGAAACAUUUUAUUUUGUUAAUACAUUUUACACUAUGGAAUGUUUGUUUUUGUAGAUUUAUUCUACUUUGAUGGCAGACCAUGUUUGGUAAAUAUAACACCUCUCUGGGUGUGCUUUACCUUUUGUUUUGUUUAUUUGCUAUUAUUAGGGUUGCUGGUGACACUAGCCUAGGUGAUAUAUAGCUGCACCGGUUUACCUGUCGGUCCCAUUUUUUUUGUAUUUCUACAUUAUUUAUAUGGCUAUUUUACCCAACACAAGAAGUAAGGUGUGUGCAUAAACAGGACUCUUUUACAGUAAAAUAAAACAGUGUUUGGUUAUGUAAAUUGUGGACAUAAGUGCUUUUUUCUAAUAUGGCUAAACUUACUUUGCAAAACUGCUCUGUAUGUUUUAUACUUGCCUCGUGUUUUUUAUUUUAUUUUUUUAACACCACAAUAAAACCAUGAUUUAGAAUUUGUAGGCAGAGAAGGGUCAAUAAAGCACCUGAAUUGAAGGUGUUAUUUGGAAAUUACCAUCCCCUUUUUAUAGCAUGCCCACUCUUGAUGAUUCCAGACCAAAUUCUAUGUCUGUUUAUUUUAGAGAGUCACUAGAUCGUUACAUAGAAUAGGCUGAAUUUAAUGAGCACAUAAAUCUUUUUGGCCUUUUCACAUGUUUUUGCUGUUAAUCUAAAAGAAGGCAAAAAAAACCUAUUUGCAGCGCUUUCCAAUUUUGCAACAAACUCGGAAAACAUUCCAUCUGGACUCCUGAAUGACGGUUAUCUCCUUGGAUCAAAAAGUUGUUACCCCACAUAUUAAAAAUGAUAUCCCUGUAUAUUGUAUUUUAUUCAUGUUCAUCUUACUGUUUCGGGUUUGAGUUUAAUAGAAGCCUUUCCAUUAACAAGGCUGAUUUCAUUUUUCUUUCAUGGCACUGAUCGUGUUCCUCUUAUAGAACCUUUUUUUAUUUUAUUUUAUUAAAAUCUGUAAUUUUUUUUAUUUUUUCCCACAGAAAUAUCUGCUGACUCUUGCCAAGCCUGGGGAAUGGGAAUAUCACAGUGAUGUUGUUACCACUCAAUCACCCCAGGAAAUCUGUCAGAACAUAAUCCGAGAGAAGUUACUGGAGUAUCUUCCCCAGGAGGUCCCAUAUAACGUGACCCAGGUAAGUCCCUCUUAUUAGGAUGACCAUGCCAGUAGGUUCUUCUACAACAUAAUAAUCACAGGUUAUUUUACACUGCUCACAGCUGCACUUCUACUGCUUCUCUUCUUAUAAUCUAAAAUAAUUCAAGCAUGUUCCAAAUUAACCAACCCUUGUUCCUUGUCUUGUAUAUGCUUUGUCCGCAGAUGGCAUUUUGCCUCUUUUUUUUUCUUUUUCUUUUUUUUUUUUUCUUUUUACUUUUUUGUGUUCAUAUCUAUUUCUACACUAAGACGUUUUAUCUAAAACUUAGAGGUUUCUUUUUUAGCGUGUGAUUGGUGGCCUUACCAUAACUAUUCAUCGACUGAAUAGCUAAUAAUUUACCAACUCAUGCAACCUGUCACUUAUACUUUCUUUGUUACUCUCUACUUCUGUUGUUCUCGCUCUCUAUUUAUUUAUUUAUUUAUAUUUUCCUCCAUUAAAGACCUUUUUUGCUGUUUUCUCACCCUCGUCGUAUUCUCUUCCAUAUCUUAUUUGAAAUCUGUCAGUUUAUCCCUUUUCCAAUAUUUUGUAUUUCCAGGUCACAGACUUAUGGGAGGAAGGUUCUUGUGGGGAAUUGGUCAUUAUGCAGACAUUACUUGUACAAAAGGAAAACCAUGUGGUACGUGCUUUCUCUUAGCUGUGAGCUGUGUGGGUCCUGAUGGUGGCUAAGUCAUGUAAAUAAAAUGUGUUCUGCUUUCUUCAUUCAGAAAAUCCUUAUUGGACGCGGCGGACAGCUGGUUAGCAAAAUUGCUCAGGAAGCUGGGAAAGAUCUAAUGGAUAUAUUCCUUUGUGAUGUUCACUUGCGGCUUUCAGUCAAGUUUAAAAAGUGAUAUUUUAAUGCACUUCUGUGUUUGUUUGUUUUUUAUACAGUCCUUCCUAUGGAAAGAGCAAAAUUAAAUAAAUUUAAAAAAUUAAAUAAAAUGGGG